AUAAUUCCCACGUAAAGCGGCAUUAAAGUAAAAUCGGUGCUAACAAUCAACCAGAAAGAUGCCGCCCAAGAAAGUGCCAGCCGCAGCUUCAAAGAAAACCGAAGCUAAGAAGAAGGAUAAAAUCAUUGAGGAUAAAACGUUCGGCUUGAAGAACAAGAAAGGUGCAAAACAACAAAAGUUUAUCUCGCAAGUAGAGAAGCAAGUCAAGAGCGGCGGACAACAUAACCUAGUGCAGAAUGUGAAUGCAAAGAAGGAGGAGAAGGAGAAGAAGCUGAAGGAGCAGAAAGAACUGGCCAAACUGUUCAAACCGGUAGCGACACAAAAGCUAGAGGUCGGCGCUGACCCGAAAUCGGUGUUAUGUGCCUUCUUCAAGCAAGGUACCUGUACCAAAGGCGAUAAGUGCAAGUUUUCGCACGAUCUGGCUGUCGAACGGAAAUCCGAAAAGCGUUCUAUUCACUUCGAUAUGCGCGAUGCCGACGCCGACGAUACGAUCGAGAACUGGACUGAGGAAAAGCUGUCCGAGGUGGUUGCCAAGAAACAUGGAAAAGAUAAAACAAUGCCCACUACGACGAUCAUCUGCAAAUAUUUCCUGGACGCCGUGGAACGCUCACUGUACGGUUGGUUUUGGGAAUGUCCCAACGGUGAUAAGUGCAUCUACCGACACGCCCUGCCAGCUGGCUAUGUACUGAAGAAAGAUAAAAAGAAGGCUGAAGCGUCAAAGGAAGAGAUAUCGUUGGUCGAUUUGAUCGAGCGCGAGCGAGCCGCACUCGGGUCACACCAAACACGCGUCACGCUGGAAACUUUCCUCGCCUGGAAGAAACGCAAGAUUCUGGAAAAGAAGGACAAACUUCAGAAAGAGGAGGAUCGUAAGCGCAGCGAUUUCAAGGCCGGCCGACAAAAUGGACUUUCUGGUCGCGAGAUGUUCAGCUUCAACCCAGAGCUGAUCGACUACGGCGUCGACGAAGGUGAAGCGGCCAUCGAAUCGUACGGCCGCAAUGAGGACGACGACGACACAACCGAAUACAAGGAGCUCGAUUUGAAUAUGCUCUCGCUGUCGAUCAAAGAUGUGGACGAUACGGGAACGGUGGCGGACACAGAUCGCUGGGAAAGAAUGGCCGCAGGAGCAGCAGAGGCGGCAGCGCGAACCUCAGCCGAAGAGGCUACCGUUUCCGAUGCUGCCCCCAUUAAUGAAAACCUCUUCCUCGAAGAAGACCUCGAAGGUCUGGAUGAUGACCUUAGCGACGACGAGGACGACGACGAGGAAGACGAUGGAGGAGAGUCGGACGAAGCGAGCGAAAAGUCGUGAUAAGACAACUGUUGAAACACUGCAAAGCACAACCCAACAACUGUCAAUCCUCUUGUUCUGUUGAAGGUACUCGUUUUGUCGCGUGGCAAAUUCCGUCGCGGUAGCAGCAAACAUACACACACACGCGUGGUGCCGCAACGAAAUAAUAAUUUUAAUAUUAAAUUAUAGCGACAAAACACGUUUUCACUCAACAUAAUUGUGACCGCCUCUCGGAAUAAACGACCAGGCUGGCGGCUGGGCACGUUGUGGAUACAUGAAUAAAGUUUAU